UGACCCGGAAGUGAUUGUUUACAUGCUGUGGUAAAAAAAGCACAUAUUGCUUGAAUUUCACAAUUUGUUGUGAAAUUUUAAAAAUAAGGUCUAAAAAUAAACAAAAAUUCGUAAAACAUGGGCAAACCAAAAAACAAAGCAAAGGAUAACGACGUAGAUUCUGACGUAGAUAUUGUAGAAUCUGAGGCAACUGAAGCUAAACCUGUGGGCAAACAGUCAAAGAAAGACAAGAAGAAGAAGAAAAAGGAUGAUGAUUGGGAAGACGACGUUGCAAACGAACUGCAGUCCUUAUCACUGGAAGCCAAUAAAGGAAGAAAGGAAGAAAAUAGUGUCGAGGAAGAAAGAGCACCUGUGAAGAAAAAAGAAAAGAAAAAGAAGAAGAAACAGCAGGCAGAUAGUGAGGAAGAAGAAGAAGAAGAUAGUGUUAUAGAUACUGGUGGUAAACGUGGUAAGAAAAUGGCAGCUUUUAACAUGCUGAUGAUGGAAGAUGAGGACACCAAGUCUAUGAGUGAGCAAAGUGAUAAUGAGGAAGAACCUGUGAUAAAAGAAGAAGUUAAUGAGCAACAGAAGAAAAAAGAUAAGAAGAAAGACAAGAAAAAAGGUAAAGAAAAACAAAAGACAGCAGAAGAAGAAGAUCUGGAUGCUCUUCUUGCAGAGAUUGAUGCACCUAAAAUGAGUAAAAAAGCUAAAAAGGAGAAGAAAAAACAGGAAGCAAUGGAAGUAGAAGAGAAAGGUGAAGGGGAAAAUGAGGUGGUUGAGAAUGUCGAAGUGGAAAAGGUCGAGCCGAAAGUUGUUUCUAUAGAUGAUUAUGAUGAUGAUGAGGAUGAUAAAAAGAAAAGGAAGAAAAAGAAAGAUAAAGUAAAGAAGGAAGUGAAAGGAGAAGAAGAUGGGGAUGAAGAGAAAGCUGGUGAGGGAGAAGGGGAAGAGGAAGGUGGCACUGUGAAAUCAGCAGCUCAGAAGAAAAAAGAAAAGAAGGAAAAGGAAAGAUUAAAGAAAUUAGAACAGAAGAAGAAACAAGCAUUAAAGAAAGAUGGAAAGGUUGAUGAACCGAAAUCAGAGGAAAAAACAGAAGAUCAAGGUGCUGCAGCAGAAGACAAGGCAGCAUCCGGAGAUGAUGAAACAAAGGAGGAAGAAGAUGAUGGUAAGAAAAAGAAGAAAAAGAAAAAGGGAGACAAAGAAGAAAAACCUAAAAAGUCUAAAGCCCCUGUAAGUUUAGAGAUUAAAACAAAAGAGGAGGAAGUGGUAGAGGCAAAGAAGAAGAGACCUAUAUAUGAGAAGAAAAAGAAGAAGCCACAACAAAAACAAGAUGAUUCCGAGCCAACUGAUAAGACACCGUCUCCAGAAGACACCCCGGCUCAAACCCCAGUCAGUGAAGAGGCUCCAUCAAUAGUGGAGACACCUGAAGCAGAGAGUAGUGAGGCAGUUGUUGAUACAGAGGAGAAGGAAGAAGUUAGUGAUAUUAAAGAUGAGUGGGAUAUUAGUAGUGAAGAAGAGGAGGAAGAAGAAGAAGAAAAAGAAUCAUCACCUGAAACUGAAACCAAAGCUGAAGCUAAAGGUAAAAAAGUGGAAGUAAAAGUGGAAGAUGAUGAUGAGGAUGACGAAGAUGAUGAUGAUGAGGAAUCAGAUGACGAGGGUGAUGAUGAAGAUGAUGAUGAUGAUGAAAGUGAAUCGGAUUCAGAGAGUGAUGAUGAUCUUACACCAUAUGAAAGGGCAGAGAUUAAAUUAAAGAAAUUACAUGAAAAGUGUGAGGCAAAUAGAACAGUAGAAGAUUUACGAGCCCCUGUUGUUUGUGUACUAGGACAUGUGGAUACUGGUAAAACAAAGAUUCUAGACAAGUUACGGAGAACUAAUGUACAGGAUGGUGAAGCAGGGGGAAUAACUCAACAGAUUGGUGCUACUAAUGUUCCCCAUCAAGCUAUUCUAGAUAAAACUACUAUGUGCAAAGAAUUCCAGAAAAAAGGUUUAAAGUUACCAGGUUUACUUAUUAUAGAUACACCAGGUCACGAGUCUUUCAGUAAUCUGCGUUCACGUGGAUCAUCCCUCUGUGAUAUAGCCAUUCUUGUUAUAGAUAUUAUGCAUGGAUUAGAACCUCAAACUAUAGAAUCUAUCAAUUUACUCAAAGACAAGAAGACGCCAUUUGUUGUUGCAUUAAAUAAAAUAGACAGAUUAUAUCAGUGGAAGAGUAACCCUAAUAGUGAUGUUGUAAAUGUAAUAAAGAAACAAACACAGAUGUGUAAACAAGAAUAUGACGAGAGGUCACAGGCUGUGAUAACACAACUAGCUGAACAGGGUUUGAACGCUGCACUAUUUUACGAGAACAAGAAUCCUAAGGAAUAUAUAUCAUUGGUACCAACGUCGGCACAUUCUGGAGACGGUAUGGGUAACCUAUUAUCUCUGAUAUGUGAACUCACUCAAACGUGGCUCGCCAAGAAAGUCUCGUACAGCCAGGAGCUUCAUGCUACCGUCAUGGAGGUGAAAGCAAUACAUGGGCUUGGUACGACCAUAGAUGUGAUACUUGUGAAUGGUAAACUAAAUGAGGGAGAUCAGAUUGUGAUAGCUGGAACAGAGGGGCCGAUUGUCACGUGGAUACGAGGUUUACUCAUGCCACAACCUAUGAAGGAGUUAAGAGUUAAGGCUCAAUAUGAACAUCAUAAAGAAGUGAAGGCUGCCCAAGGUGUCAAGGUCAUCGGUAAAGACCUUGAGAAGGCCCUCGCAGGUCUGCCAUUGUAUGUAGCCCAUGAUGAAGAUGAGGUGGAAUACUUCAAGGAAGAACUAUCGGAGGCAUUGAAGGAUGUAUUGGGUUCUAUUAAAUUAUCAGAGAGGGGUGUGUUUGUUCAAGCCUCUACACUGGGCUCACUUGAAGCACUCCUUGAAUUCCUGAGAACAUCAAAAAUACCUUAUGCUGGCAUCAAUAUAGGACCUGUACAUAAGAAGGAUAUAAUGAAGGCAUCCAUCAUGCUGGAACAUGAUACACAAUGGGCUGUGAUUUUAGCAUUUGAUGUGAAGGUAGAACGUGAAGCUCAAGAAAUGGCAGACAGUUUGGGAGUUAAAAUAUUCACUGCGGACAUUAUUUAUCAUCUACAAGAUGCGUUUAUAAAAUUCCGUGAGGACCUUAAAAAGCAAAAACAAGAGGAAUUUAAAAACAUUGCAGUGUUUCCAUGUAAAUUACGUGUGUUACCUCAGUAUAUAUUUAACUCUAGAGACCCUAUUGUUGUUGGGGUGUCUGUGGAAGCUGGAGUAGUAAAAGUUGGAACACCAAUCUGUGUACCUAGUAAAGAGUUUGUAUUCCUGGGUAUUGUUAGCAGUUUAGAAGUAAAUCAUAAAACUGUAGAUGUCGCUAAGAAGGGACAGGAAGUUUGUGUUAAGAUAGAAAAUGUACCUAGUGAGACACCUAAACUGUAUGGUCGCCAUUUUGAUCAUACAGACAUGCUGACUAGUCGGAUAUCAAGAACCUCAAUAGAUGCAGUGAAAGACCAUUUCCGAGAUGAAAUGACAAAACAGGACUGGGCAUUAAUGGUUGAGCUGAAAAAACUGUUCCAAAUAUUAUAAUAUUUGACCGAAAUAUUGAGACACAUAUUUUUUGCUGAAACAGAAGUGACAUGUAUAGAAUUUGAAGCAAUCUGUCGACAGUUCCAGCUGCUGUCACCCAGAGAGCUUAACAAAAGAUAUGUUAGAAAUAGUUUGUACUGUAUUGUACAAUGAAACAUUGUUAAAGGGUGAUUAUGAAAUAUUUAUAACAUGAAGCUUGUUUUUAGCUCACCUGAGCUAGCUCAGGGUGAGCUUUUAGGGUCGUCUGUUGUCUGUCCGCAUUUGUUCGUCAACACUCUAGUGGUCACAUUUUUGCCUCAAUCAUCAUCAAACUUUGUCAGGGUAAUGGCUUGGAUGAGUUUGAACAUAGGUCAUCUCGGAUGAAAAACUAGGUCACAGGACCUAAAAAUAGAAAAUUCUUGUUACCACUCUAGUGGCUACUGUUUUGAUCCAAAUAUCCAAAGUUUGUUUUGAUGAUUUCGAAUAUGACCGGUCAAAAACUAGGUCACACCGCCCAAAUAUGGAAAAAAAAACCUUUAGUGGUCACUUUGUUGACUCAAUUGUCAUCAAACUUGGUCAGGAUGCUUGUCUAGAUAAUUGCUGAGAUGAGUUCAAACAUGGGUCUUCUCGGAUGAAAAACUAGGUCACAGGAGCUAAAAAUAGAAAAAUCUUCUUCACACUAGUAGCUACUGUUUUGAUCCAAAUAUCCGGGAAAUUGGUCUGCAAGUUUAUUUUGAUGAUUUCUAGGUCAAGUUGAAAUAUGCGUCACCUGGGAUCAAAAACGAGGUCACACUGCCUAAAUAUAGGAAAACUUUGUUAACACUCUAGAGGUCACAUAAGUAAUUGCUCGGAUGAGUUAGAUUGGUCAGGUGAGUGAUCUAGGGCCAUCUUGGCCCUCUUGUUUAUAAUAAUCAUGAAGUUAUAUUGGUCUUAAUAUUAUGUUUAAGUCCAAUAUAGGAGUUUUGUUUUUCAAGCUUUAAACACAUGCUUGUUAUCCCCGUCAUUAGAUUUGGAAAGAUGGUAUUUAAAUGGUUUUUCUGUCCGUCUGUGAGUCUAUCAGAAUCCAUAUGUUAGAAAUUGUUGCCCAUUUUUCCAUUAAAUUUGGUCAGGAAUAUGAAUAGGAUGAUUAAAAGGGGAUCACUAAGGUUCAUAAAAAAAAUUUACAAAGUGGUUUUGAAUUGAAAAAAAAGCUUCUUUUUUUAGGGGGGGGGGCUGUAUUUUACAGUUGGUUAAUCACAUUGUUAUGACACUCAGGAUAAUGAUAGAUCACAAGAUCAGUUGCCACAAGGCAUUACACAAUUUUUGUAAAACUUUUUCAAUGUCAUUAUUAUUAUACAAAAUAUAUCUCAAAUAUCAAAAUGAUAUCAUUCACUAUCAGAGCCAUUUUUCACUUGACUGUUCAGUAUUAUGGGGUUUGUAUCAUUAUAAGUAGAUAUACCAAACUCAUUUUCACUACAAUUUUGUUUAUAUUGAUAACUCAAAUGGCUUCAGUCAAGUGAUUUGUAUCAUUAUAGCUGGGGAUAUCAAUUUGGUGAAUUUGCUUAUUUAUAGCAUAUGUCAUCUUAACAUAGUCAUAAAAUCAGGAUUCAACAGUUUGUCAAGGGUUAUAAAUCUAUUUUACAUUUUAUGAGAAUGGCCUCCCUUUAUACAUUGGUAUAAUUUUGCUGAAAGGUUAAGUUGUGAUAAA